GCUCCUCGGGCGUAGCUAUCGCUUGCUCGCGCCUCACGUGAACGCGUUUAUUUUCCGCGCGGUUUCUACGAUGCCUUUGAGAUUGCCAAUUAACCUCCUGUGAUCGAUACCGGAAGCACAGAGAUCGUUUAACGCAACCGCACGGUGUACCAGUGUCUUGAUCGCUGUUCCGAGAGAAUCAUGAAGACGGAGGUGGAGGACAUGACGAGCGAAGGUGUCUGCGAAGGUAGCGGUCCAAAUCUGGCCGUUGCCGAGGGCACAGGUAGCCUAAUAGGACCGGAAGUAUCGCCGAGCGGAAUGGAAUGCGGCGGAUGCGGAGAAAGAGUUCGCGAACGCACUGUUUUAUGCGUCGGUGGUCGAACUUGGCACUCGAGGUGUUUAAGGUGUUUCGCCUGCGCCAGACCUCUUCACGAUCAACAUUCUUGCUUCCUCAAGGGCAUGAGACUCUAUUGCAGGCACGACUACGCUCUGACGUUCGGAGCAAAGUGUGCAAAGUGUGGACGUAGCGUCGGCGCGGGUGACUGGGUCAGAAGAGCCCGAGAGAGGGUUUAUCAUUUAGCCUGUUUCGCCUGCGACGCGUGUUCGCGACAAUUGUCAACGGGGGAGCAAUUCGCCCUUCUCGAUGCCCGGUUGCUCUGCAAGGCUCAUUAUCUGGACGUCGUCGAAGGGAACAAUACCUCCUCCGAUGAAGGCGGUGACUCCGAGAGCGGCCACAAAAGCGGUAACAAGGCGAAGAGAGUGAGAACCACGUUCACCGAGGAACAACUUUCGGUUCUUCAGGCUAACUUUCAACUAGACAGCAAUCCGGAUGGUCAAGAUCUGGAGAGGAUAGCGCAUGUGACGGGACUCAGCAAAAGAGUUACGCAGGUUUGGUUCCAGAAUUCUAGGGCGAGGCAGAAGAAGCAUCUGCACACGGGCAAAACGAAAGGGCAACACGUCCAUCAAUCACCCCCAAACUCGACGACAUCCACAGGCGAUUUCAGUCGGCACAUCAACUUGCAUUUGACCUAUUCCUUUCAACAUCAGCAACAACACCACCACAACCAACAACAGCCUCAGCUAAGUCCAGCGUGCAAAAGUCCCACGCCUUCGAUUUAUCAUAAUCACGGCUCGGAACAAUCGAUGGACGAACUAUCGCAAGACUCGAUGAUGUUGUCGAUGCCGAACGAGGUUUAAUCGUCGUUACUGGAUUAGCUGUAUUGUAAAUACUCGUCAUCUUAGCGUUAAGGUUUUCUUCUUGGUUUCCGUAUCAUGAAUCCUUCUCGGUGAACGCAGUUAUUUUCUUCUCACGUUUAGAACCGUCCCGUUUAA